UUCGGACCUACUAUUGAUUAUAUCAUUAAUUACAGGAAGAAAAGUCUGAACUGCGUUUCUACGGCACGCGACAAACAGAUGAAGCGGACCUCGGAGAAGACACCUUCUUGCACGCGCAGAUCGUGUAAUUGUGUUUUUAAAUAUCUAAACACCCGUUAGAGCUUGUUUUAAGACUAUGGCAGUUGGGUAAUGUUCACGACUGUGAUUAAGCGGAAUACAGUGCAGGACAGUGAUAUAGUUCAGAAGAGUACACUGUCGCGUGCAUGGUAUUCAAGGGCAUCAUGAGGAGCAGGUGUGCGACAACAACCUGUCAUUCCCACAAACUUGCCAAUGUCCUGUUUGUGUGACCUGCUCUGGUUCCUGCAAACAAGCCCAAACCCGAGAAACGACUAAGAGCUUUGACGCCGACAGCGGAUUUCAUUAAUCCAAACCGGUGAAAAUCACCCCCAUGACUUGUGUUCUACAAUGAGUUCUACAAGUCGAUAAUCCUGACCGCUUCAUUGAUGCUAUUGAGUCACCUGGUGUCUAUUACUAGCGGCAAGAGGUGGUCGUAGUGGUGGACGUGUCAACACACCCUCAGGCAGAUCGCCAAAUAUAACGAUGUAUCCACAGAGGUCGUUCACCACCUAACAGUAAUCUGGUCCCAUUCAUAGAACACUAUCUGCACGAUCAUCGGAAAACUGUGAGACCCUAAGUGAUUAAAGUAACACUGUUACAAAAUGGAUUGUACCCUUAAAGCGUAGAGUGCUAUAACGAGAUCGAGAGUGAGAUAUACUAGGAAAUAUACAUAACAGUGAAGAUCUACACUUGUUAGAGAGUGUCGUGUUUGGUGUCAUCGAUAUCGCAAUUUUGUAGAACUACCCUGUCAAUGCGGCAUUUCGUUUCAUAUUAGUCGGAUGGCGGAUUUUAUUUCAAAAUAUUUGGUCGUUUGUCGAAAAGCAUACACAUAUAAUCCGAAUUUUCGUUUUGGUGGGUUUGUAGGAAUAUAGGAUGAAAAUGAUAAAGGCAAUCUCCGUCCUCCCUUUUUGUGCAAUGUGACUGAAGUUUUAAACACUACAAAUCACCCACUGUUAGGACUACCUAUAAAACUAUGAGUAGCAUUUAAGAAAAUAAUAUCUGACUAUUAGUCCACUGGUUUCAAUAGCCAGCAUUAUUAUCGGCGUUAAUGAGAAAACGGUCAAAUAGAUAUUUUGCACAUUCCUUUUUGUUUUGGUCGGGUCGUAAACCAGGAAAUUGAAAAGCAAAAAAGCCUGGGCUUCGCAUGCGAAUGACGGGAAGCUUGGCUCUGUCGCACUCAUUCCCAGAACACGCAGAGCGCAUGCACAGAAAUAGGUAGCAGGUGGAGCGGCUAAUCCAACACCUAGACUGCCAGGGCUAGUAAUUAUCGCCAUACAAGUACCACGUGAUCAGCAAUGACGGGGUGACACUUUUAGGAUAUUUGCCGACCUUCAGGAGAAGGAUCAGGAUUGAGCUUUGGAUGUACCGACAACCGACAGGAAAUGUUCCGAGGACCCAAUAAUGUGACCCAAUAAUGUGAUAUCUGCUUAGGACGCUGAAAGGACAUAAAUUCAUGGAAUGUUUCACGCAAUGAAUGGAUGUGGAUCAAACUGUUUUGUUCUUCAAGUAAGUUUCGUGGUGGAUAAAUUCGCGAUCUUGGUGAACAAGAUUUAACUUAACUUUAUAUAUGUGAGGCCAAAUUGGACCAAGGAGUUUUGAAAUGAUCUACAGGAAUCACAAAUGGCAUUUAUGUUUUCGCAUGCUCAAAAGACAUUGUGUUGACAUUAGCAUUGAACUGUUUGCUAAUUCCAUCUAAUAACGACUUGGAUAAACAAUUCCAAUUUCUACUCGAAUCAAAGUUACCAUAGGUUAAAAUCAGCAACUACUUACCAUGAAAAACGUGAAUUUGACAUUUAAUUCAUAUUUUACUUAAGACGUAGUUAAUGCAGCUUUUCCGAAGAGCGAUAUAAUCGUGAAGUUAAAAGAGUUUACCUGACAUCUUAUAUACCAUUAUUAGGAUAGGUUUUACAUGUUAUAAUGGAAAACAGGAUUAAGUAACUCUUCCAUAUUCCAUGCUUUGAAAUAUGAGACCGCGCGACUAUUUCUUUUAAUUAAUAUAUGUAUACCAUCAAUUUAUCAAUUGCUUUGUACUACGUAACAUAAGAAUACUGAGGUGAUAUGAGUUAAUAUAUAAUUUAAUUUUACAAACCAGGACGUCAUUUUUCGACUAAUGGCAGUAAUGACAGCCAGUAAUUUGGAAAGAAGGGGCAGGUGGUCUAUUGGUUGAACAUUUAUGCAUGUCUAUUUCUGCGAUGCUCCGAGAUGACCCUUGGGUUAAUGUCAGUGAUGAGGUAUUGAUCUUACUUGUAAUGGAACGAGCCGCUGGGUGGGUCUUUGGCAUAGUUUUCUAACUUGCAAGUGGCUCACAGUUAAUGCCUUACAAGGACUAUGUGAUCGUGAAUAGAUACAGUUUGUACUUUGGGAGUUUGGUUCUCCAGGAAUACUUUGUCGGACUACGCUUACUGCCACCACCCUUGUUAGGCCAAUCUGUAUGUGAACCUCUUUGACAAGGUUCAAUCAGUGUUGUGUCCAGUGUGUCUGAAAACAUACGCUACGAUGGAUGUGUUGGAUAAAUGUGGAAACAUGACGAAAUCUCAUUGAACAAUGUCAGUGAGUUCAGUCACUAAUGAAGACACAGUGAACAUGGGAUAUUACAACUGUAGAAAUCAUUGUUAAUUAUACUUCAUCAAUGUCAUUCUCAAUGGCUAAGAUUAUAGUACCUUUGGUACUUGUCGCCAUGGUGAGAUUCCCUUCAAUAUCCCCCAAAGUCAUAAAUCUUGGAAUCCUGGUGCCAAUCACGGGUCCAAAAAGAAUGGGACAAGAAGUUCACACCGCCGUCAACAUCUCCAUCGAACGAAUCAACUACGACGCUAAUCUGACCACACUACGACAGAUGAACAUUACAUUCUCCUUCGUGGUUGAAGACACAACUUGCGAUUCUGGACAGGGGCUUUUUGAGUUCGUCGAAAUGGUUACUCAUAGGACUAUCGCCUUCGAGAACACCCACGCCUUUAUUGGACCUUCCUGUAACGACGUGUGCCUCUCUACGGGCCGGCUGGCAGGGAAAUGGGGAAUACCCCUCGUCAGUUUCGGCUGUGAGAGUGACGUCCUGUCAAACAAAGAACACUACCCAACCUUUCUAAGGACAACGGGCACCUACACGGGCAUGUCGACGUUCUUGUUGGAGAUGAUGCUCCAUUUCCAUUGGUCAAGACUGACCCUCGUUAGUGGCCAGCAGAGCGUGUGGGUGGAGGCAGUGGCGGAAUUCGAGUUCAAGUUCCUUGAAUCAGGAUUAGAAGUCCGGCACUGGAUUAUGUAUGAGAAUACCACCGCCGCCAUGACCGAGAAAAUAUCAGAAGAGGCCAAGCAAACACGAGUCUUUAUACUGUGUGCCUAUGGCGACGAGGUCAUCCGACUGAUGGCGGCAGCAAACGACGCAGGCCUCAUGACGGGAGAAUACGUCUUCAUUGCCAUCGACUAUGACAACAUGGCGGAGACGGACGACAGCAACAAACAUGUCAAGCAAGAAACACUGAAUGGUUUACUAGAUGUAACGAUUGACGUUGAGCCGGAGAGUGAAGUGUUCAAGUCGUUCCUCCUUGAGAUGGAGAGCAACACAGUCACGGGGACUGAAGGAGGCCAUUAUGAACGUGGCAUACACCUGGCUCUUCUGGCGGACGCUAUAUACAUGUAUGCUGUAGCUCUCAACAGAAGCCUAGCUGAAGGCGCGUCAUUAGACGAUGGCGUCUCAGUGGCAGAUCACAUGUACGGAGUCGCUAUAUCAGGUGUAAGCGGAACUGUACAGAUAUUAUCGGACGGCAGUCGGCUUGCAGGCUACAUGCUCCACAAUCUGAUGAAUAGCCGGUACACACCAACAGCCAGAAGUCGUCUUGGGGGCCGCGGGUUCACGGUCAUUAACAGCACAGUGGUGUGGCCCGGGGGGUCGACGACAACACCCACAGGACAACCAGCAUGUGGCUGGGCAAAUGAACACUGCCCCGACAACACCAUUGCGAUCAUUCUGGGCAGUGUCGGCGGGAUCUGCGGCGCUCUCGUUAUCAUCAUUGUUGCCGGCAUCAUCAUCAGCAAACGCCGGAUUGCACAGGCUGACCUGCAGAGACUUGACUGGAGGAUCCCGUCCGAUCAGCUGUCUGUUAGACAGGGCGCAAAGUCCUUCCACGGCAGCAGCAUGAGUAAGGCCACUUUCGCACUACACGGAUCCAAGUUGUCAGUUCCCUCGGUCGACAGUGGUAUGACCGUUGACUCCAAGGCAGGCCAGGUGUUCUCAAGGACAGCACUGUAUGAUGGUCAGAUAGUGGCCUUGAAGGUCAUCCAGAAGUCUUACGUGGCCCUGACCAAGGAUGUGAUUCAGGAAAUUAACAGAAUACGAAACUUGAAGCAUCCAAAUAUAAACCAUCUGGUAGGAAUUUGUGUGGAGCCCAUGAAACUCUGCCUAGUGUGGGCCUACUGUCCAAAGGGAAGUCUCGCUGACGUCCUGCACAACGAACGGAUCAAACUCGACUGGAUAUUCAAGUUCUCGUUUGCCACCGAUAUUGUCAAGGGCAUGAUCUAUCUCCAUCACUCUCCGGUGGAAUGUCAUGGCAGCCUCAAGUCCAGCAACAUCCUCGUGGACGGACACUGGUCAUGUCGGAUAGCGGACAUGGCCAUGCCCUGCUUCCGGGAAGGAGAACGUCCCAACAGCGACGGGGAACACGCACAAUUCUACCAGAAAUUGUGGACAUCCCCAGAAAUACUUAGGGAUCCUGAAGAAUUCCCGAGGGGCAGCAAAAAGGGUGAUACGUUCUCUUUUGGGAUCGUGCUCCAAGAACUUAUCCUUAGAACUGGACCGUAUGGCGAUUCUGAUUUGAACCCAAAAGAUAUAGUGUCUCGGGUGAAGACAACGGAACAUCCCCCCUACAGACCAGUGCUGGAGGGUGAGGAUGCUCCUGAUGCCAUGCUGGAUCUCAUGAGGAUAUGUUGGGAGGAGAUUCCUGCAUUUAGACCCAACUUCUCCACGAUAGAAUACAGUCUGAAGAAACUCAAUAAAGGAAAGGUGGUCAGUCUGGUAGACCAGAUGGUGCAUAUGUUGUCCAACUACGCGGACCAUCUGGAAGAACUAGUGGAUGAAAGGACCAUUCAGCUGGAGGAAGAGAAGAAAAAGACUGAGGAGUUGUUGUGUAGAAUGUUACCCAGGACUGUCGCUGAAAACCUGAAGAAGGGGAAGAAUGUUGAACCGGAAUCUUUCGGUUCCGUCACCAUUUUCUUUUCGGACAUCGUUGGGUUUACCGCCCUUGCCGCUAAUAGCACGCCGUACCAGGUGGUCAACUUCCUCAACGACCUCUACACCUGUUUUGACAACGUCAUCGAUACCUAUGACGUAUACAAGGUGGAGACUAUUGGCGAUGCCUACAUGGUAGUCAGCGGACUUCCGGUUUCUAAUGGAAUGAGGCAUGCUGGGGAGGUGGCAAUAAUGGCACUUGAUUUGCUCAGCUCUGUGAAACACUUCACCAUUAGACAUAUGCCUUACAAACAGCUACAGUUGCGGAUUGGCAUCCACAGUGGUCCGGUCGUGGCCGGUGUGGUGGGAUUGAAGAUGCCAAGAUACUGCCUGUUCGGGGACACCGUGAACUACGCCUCUAGGAUGGAGUCUUCUGGUCUAGCUCUGCAGAUCCAUGUGAGCCCCGAAUGCAAGUUGGUGCUGGACAAACUAGGAGGGUUCCAUUUGGAGGACAGGGGAGAGGUUACAAUGAAGGGCAAAGGAACAGUUGUUACAUAUUUCCUGAAAGGCAAAGAUGGAUUUGACAAAGAGUUACCUUCCUUGGACCUUGCUGUGCCUAUCUCUGAACACACAUUCAAAUAAUUAGCAAAUAGAAGCAAGUUCUUAUCUAAUCACAUAUCUCCUCACGUGUCUGCUUCUAAACGUAAGGGUCGGUUGGCUAGCGUUCGCCAUGCUACCGAUACUACUAAAUCUAACGUUCCAUACAUAUACAAAGGCAAUGAUUGUACUAAUACUUUUACUAUUACCAAUUUGACAAAGUAGCUUGAACGCUUUAUUCACAUCUUUUGAAAUCAUAUCGAAACAAUGACACUGAAUCCUGUUGAGAGCUUCUAUACACUUGGAAAAAAGUUAAACACCUCCUACUGUGUGUUUUCCGUUAACAGUUGCCAUUUUCUGAUUUUCUAACAAAACAUAAGUUUCUCUUCAAAGUGUGACAUACUUGUGUUAAAAUACAGAAACCGAAUUCGGUAAUCUAUUAAGUUUUGUAAUAAUUACAGGAGGACCAUUCCUUCCUUUGCUUCUUGAAAUCAGUCAUAAGAUAUGGCGCAGUAUUUACGACCAUCGUGAUGAACAUAAGAUAUGACGCAGUAUUUACGACCAUCGAGAUGAACAUAAGAUAUGACGCAGUAUUUACGACCAUCGAGAUGAACAUAAGAUAUGACGCAGUAUUUACGACCAUCGAGAUGAACAUAAGAUAUGACGCAGUAUUUACGACCAUCGAGAUGAUAAUAUUGUUCAUGUCCCAAAUACCAAAGGAAUAUCGGCGAUAUCUUGGAAAUGUGUCAAAACGAGAUCAAUAUCAUAAUUAUGUAGAUAUUGGAAAGAUAUAAGGGAACUCAAGAUAUGGCAAAAGAAAAAAGUGGUGAUGCUUCACCUUUUUCCAGGUGUAUAAAUAAUAACGGGACACCGUAUCCAUGGUUACCUAAUCCAGAAAUAUAUUAAUCCGGUCGUUUUAACCCAGAAUGGUUCCACCUGAGUUAACGGGAUUUAACUUUACAUGUGCUAUGUGACAGGGAAUAUAUGUAUAGUUGUGAUACUUUGCCCGACAUGGGCGGUGGUUAAAGCGUUCGUUGUCACGCUGAAGACCGGGGUCCGAUUCCCAAAUGGGUACAAUGUGUGAAGCCCAUUUCUGGUGUCCCUCCACGCGAUAGUGCUGGAAUAUUGCUAAAAGCGGUGAAAAACCAAACUCACUCAUUUACACAUUUUACCUGACAUUGUUGUAUAUUUAAUUGGCAAAAUGUGGCAAAUAUAAUAUAUUUUUCGUUGAGAUGUACAGAGAUUUUAUGUUUGCAUUAAUGUUGCAGCAAAAAACGAAUGGUUGCGAAAUCAUGUGUAAUACUAUGUGUAUAUCAUAUCACGACAAACACACAUUCAUCUGUAUAUAGCAUGACACGCACACAUGACACAUGACAAAUAGAACGGAUGUUGCUAUAUGUGAAUAAAUUAAGAAAUGGUUCAAAGAUUAAGUUUGGUACAAAUGUUUCAUAAUGUACAUUUCCUAUAUAUGUAUAAACUAUUACAGGGGUCAUUCAUGUGUACGUGCUGUAUUGGGUGGCACCGGUGACCAAGACAUGAAAGGCGCAUAGUUGUGUCCCUUGUCGGUUUCAGGAUCUGCUGGUGAUGGGUUUGAAUCCCAGCUUCGCCAUGAUUAUAAAUGUUUGAGACCUCCCUCAGUGUGGGCUUCUCACAUUAAUCUGACAAGCCGUGAUAUAACUGAAAUACUCUUCACAACGGCGUCACCUCACCCUACAACAGGUGUGAACUGAAUAAGCCUGUCUAUGUUCCCUAGCAUGAGGUUAAUAUCUGGGUAUUGGAGUAUCGAAAAUGAAGAACUCUAAAAUCAGACUUUAGUUGUCAUGACGUCUUAUUACCUUUUUUAUUUUGUGUUUAGAACUCAACAAGUUUUUAUUUCUUUAGCAUUUUUCACAUAAACUAUCAAGUAUUUUACUUUCAACUUAACUGAACCAAACCUUUGUAACUGUUUAUCGUAACAAUCUGCGUAACGAUACACAUUGCACGAAAGGCUUUGCAACAGCGUGUAUAGCCAAAACUCUUCUGGGGUUUGGCAGCAAGCCUCACUCCGCGCUUUAACUACACUUUGUCACACACUACAUAGCGGGUCAAUAAACAUAUUUCUAUGCCAAGUUUUAAUAUAUCUAUAUACUGUUGUUGCUUCCUUGAUAUUCGAUAUUAAUUUGGUAUAAUUAUAUUUGUAUGAUCGAGUCUUAUGACUGAAAUCAAAUAUCACUAUCGUCCAAUCGCAGAGAGAAGUUCUAUUUUCUGAAACAACCCUCUGUAUCCCAGGAUUCGGUUCAAUUCCCAGAUUCACACCGAAUAUGAUCCUCGGAUUCUCAGCAUCCUGCGUGUGCCCCUGAGCUUCAUCACAGUGAUGAACGUCCACGAAGAGCGUCUUUGUGGGCUUUUCCUCUCACAUUAAGCUAGCAAGCUUGGAGACCACUGAAACUAGUACUGUUCCAAGCAGCGUUUAAAUGAACUUAAAGCGUUGGUUAAAAAUAAGAUUAUGAGGCAGCUCGAAAACUAAAGGGAACUAUCAACUUAUAUGUUUCAAGUCUGCUAAAGGAAAGCAGUGCUCAGUCUUAUACCUCGUUAGAAGGACACACGUUAACACGAAGUUAAGAGUGAGUGAGUUGGGUUUAACGCCACUUUUAACAGUAUUCCAGUUACAUCACGGCGUGUCAGCUUAAUGUGGGAGG